UGCACAACAUAACACAGCAGCUUAAAGCUUUUGGAGAGAGCUGAUACUUUUUUUUUAAAAACCAGUUUCUUUCUCCCCCUCUGUUGUGUGUUUCCAGUGUUUGUAUGGUUCGACUGGUCACUGGUUUAAACACUUUACAACUAAAUUAUUUUGAAGUCAGGCCAGACAAGACACUGUCGCUUGGUCCCUAACUCAGUACAACAAAUCUGUUUUCUUGUUGUCUGUUGAAAGGGUGAGAAGAAGUGAUGUGGAUUCUAAAGAAUGCCCAGAUAAUAAAUAUCUCUUGAUAAACAACAGAAUGACUUUGCGCUGACAGAGUGUGUUGUAUUCUCCACAGCAGUGCUCGCAUUACUCAGACCUAAUAGCCACUGCUAAAUAUGAUGUGGUUAUGACAUAAUUUAAAUAACCUUAUUCAUUUGCUGACUUUACUUGUUCCGACCAUGUGGGUUUAGUCUGGGAAUGUAUUCUCGAACCACACAAGUUUUUCCUUCAUGUGUAUUUUUCCUGAUCUGACAUGUCCGCACAUACACAUAUAGCCUGUAUGUACUCUUCCACCAGCAGACAGUAUGCUACGAUAACAAAUCUGUCCAAAUCUUCUGUUACUUUCAUUAAGUACCUGUGCUGAACUUGGUUACACUUCUUGCCAGGCUACUAAGUGUACUGAAAAGCGACUUCUUUGUGGAGCUAGAAAUGCCGUAGACCGGGGGUUGUCAACUGAUAAACCAUAGCAGACCCAGCAAAGUAUUUAAGUGUAGCAAACCUUGAGAAAAUACUGUAGUAAUGCAGAUUAAAAUUUUUUUUUUUUUAAAUGACCAUAUUUUAGUGACUCCAACUCAAACAUUAAACAUUGUCCAACUCCAUAGCUUAUUUUCUCUCAUGGUUUAUCCAAUAACAUCCAUUAGUGUAGAUGUUUGUGUGUAUGUGUUUAUUCUCCCCAUGUCAAAUUCAAAAUAGACGUGUCUCAUCUGUUCAGAGUCCAUGGUGCUAGACGAAGGUGAUAAUGUAAAGCAACAAAACAAAACUCAACCACUUCCAUAAGUUAUAAUCAGAAGCUGUCAGGAUCCAGUUGUGUCAUUUGCUUUUAUGGACCAUUUGCUUUCAAGGUUCCCUCAGUGCAAAUUUACUUUAUAAACAGAAUCCAACUAUUCAAAUAUAUAAAUUCAAAUAGGCUCAUUACUUAAAUGUGUGCAAUAAUAUUGUUUGUGUUUAUCGGAGACAAAAAGAUUUUUAUUUCUGACAGAUGACAGUAUUUAUAGCCCUACUUGUUUCUGAGUUACUGAAGUUUCGAUUAAACUCAUUCAAGACAAGUAACCUGUCAAACAGGCUAAUAACUCUAUGACCUCAAUACUGUCUUUGAUAAUAGUAUGUUCUGAUUUCCACCAUUGUAAAAAAAUAAAUAAAUCUUCCAGUGGUCUCCCCUGGCUAUGCUUCACAGACCACUGGGGUUGCCCAGAUCCCACUUUGAGACCUCUGAUGUAGACCAUUGACCGAAACUCAAUCUCAGUCAUCAAACUCAAUUACCACAGUAUGGUGAGAGGAAGUCCGUCAAGUCAGACCAAUGCCAUUAAAAAAAAACCCCACAAAAAACACCAGUAAUCUAUAAUAGCUUUUCUAUGUACGUAUGGUGCAGAAAUGUAACAUGUCUAACAUUCUGAUCAAAUGCAAUAGAAAACCAUUUUUGAUAUUGAUGUUAGUGGUUACUGUUAACACUAGAGUUGCAUUGCAAAUGAUAUCACCACAACACAACCUGCAGGAAAGUCCUCAGUACCACUAUGCCACUGGAAACAUUGGUUCUGUAUUGAAACAUUGGGUUUAGUAACCAUACUGUACCAUACCACACUGUCCAGGGGAAAACUGACUAAUGGUUUCUUGACAGGAUUUAGAAUGCUUCUUAACAACCAAGUUUCAGCAACUCCCACAUCUCUGCUCCUACCCAGAGUGCCUUGUUUGCUCAGCUUGAAUGAAUCUGACCAUCUCCGUUGUGAAACAUGACUGCAGCCAAUCAUGGACUAAGUGACUAAGAGUACUCUCACCAUUUCCCCAUGCGUGUAUUUGUGUUAUCACUUAGCUGGCACUGGGUGGCCCCAUUAACUUGUGUGGGUGUGUGUGUGGGUGAGUGUGUUUUGUGGUAGGUGAUCAGACUGCUGCACCUUUGACCUUGAAAUUAACCUACUCAACUCUUUGCUUGUUACCACAGUGGAGAAAAUGUCAGAUUAAUUGACUUGUAUGUUUAUUCAGAUGCGAACUAUCUGUAGCUGAUUCUCCUACGCUGUGUCUGAUUUACCUUCUUCCUGCUGUGUACAAUGUUUGUAUAAGUAAGCAUUUCUGUUUCUGACCUAAUAUCUAUUCCCUGAAAGCUGAUUUAGAAAUGCAAAAGCCUGUUUCCAUUUGCUUGUGUGGUGAUGUAAGUGGAGAUGCCCAUGUGCAAAAGAGUCAGGUGAUCAGCCAAGACUUGUGUGUAUGUGUGUGUGUGUUAGAGCCUAGAGCAUGGUCUGUGAUCUUCUGUAUGAAGGAUGGGUUCGAGCAGUAAUCCUCCACCCAGAAAUUUUUUUUCUGUAAUCCCCCUAUUCAAAGAGCCUGCCACUCCUGCACUGUUCAGAUGAAUAGCUCCGUCUAAAGGGAGCAGGCACCAACAAGCUCUUGUAAUAGUGGCUAUAAACAUCUCAGCAAGUUGUGGAGAGAUGAAAUUACAACCAGGGUGUGAGGAGGUUGGAGUUCAGGGGUCAGUGAAGCUUCACCUCUUGCACUGAACUUGAUAGCAUGGUGAGCACCCGAAGACGAAAAGUGUUGAAAGUGCCCUGACAUUUCUGUUAUGUAACACAGUAAUUUUCUGUAUCUGACGUGCUGCUAUGACAUUUCAUUAAAACUCUACUACUGUGUAUUUUGUGCUUUCGUGCUCACUGUGUGUUAGGGUGAUCUGGGACACACGUCAGAGAUGUUUUGUUCUUUCUGUUGUGGCUCUUGACACAAGUGGAAGAAGGGAGCUGCCAGCCACAGCUCGGACAGAAUUACAGACGUUCUCAUUAAUAUCUGUUACUGUAGCCACGGGUAUCUGUGAUUUGUUCCUAUUGUGUCACUCAGAUAUGAGCCCCUGGCACUGACGGUGUGGGUUUCAAAGGCUACAGGAUGUGAAGAGGAGCAUUAAGACAUCCACACCUGUACCUGACGUACAUGUGGAGAUUCAGGGCUGCCUUUAACUGGUUACCUACAUUACAUCUGGUUGACAGGUACGGUAUGUAAUCAAGCACAUACCGGUGACUUUACUAAUUGUACUGGAUUGGUAUUAUUCGUUUCCAAGAUCCUAUUUACAUCUGGUUGUUUCUUGUGUUUGGAUUGUAUUCUGAUAAGUUUAUUAGCUUAUAUCAGUGUCAUACACUAGCAUCUAAACUAGAUCGAAAUCUAGAAAUCCAAAUCUAAACUAGAUUGAAAUUGUACUAAACUGUACCUUUCCUUGUUGUUGCAGUGGUAAUCUUUUGCACAUUUAAUAUGUAGGCAUAUCUUUCAGAUAGGAAUGGGGAUAUCAUAAUCUUUAAAAACAUUUAAACAUACAUAAUUGGCCCAUAAUAUCCUUUUAGAUUAAAGCUUUAAAUAUACACUACAUGCACCUAAAAGAUACACACUAAAAGAUGGACCCUUGCGUGUACCACCUCAGUGACAUCGAAUGGUACACUAUAGUACCCCUUCUUCUGAGUGUGCGUAUUGGCCCAGUUGUUUUUAAAAUGAAAUCUGUUCUUGGAAAAGCUAUUACUCUGAAAGUGGUUCCUGGCUGCAAAAAAAAAGUAUGAGAACCCCUGGUUUAAAUGAUUAGAUUUAAAUCUGUCUUAAAUGCAUUUUCUAUGCAUUUACUGGUGCAUUUUUACAUGCAUAAUCCCUAUUUGGACAUAAUCCUGCUCUAUACUGAUGAAAUGACCAAGUGUAAAUGGAGUGCGAGCAGUUGUCUAUAACUGGAAUUGAUUGGUGAAGUACUGGAAUUGACACACACACACACACACACACACACUCACUUCAUUUUCUCAAGUAAUUCCUCAGAGACGUACUGGACAGGAUAUCCUUGUAGCAACACUGCAAGUGUAUUGUUGCCAUAACUCUUUCCAACUUCUUUAAUGAAGCCGUCUGACCCUGUUGUAUCAUUUCCUUAACAGUAACACAGAGGUAGAAAGGUGCUGGAAGAACAGGAAAAGACUGCUGAGCAGUGUUUUGGGAAAUGACUGCUUAGAUGUAGAGAAAAGAAAAACAAAUGGAGCCUGUGGAAAUUAAAUUGGAAGUCUAAGUAGUGUGUGAUUCUUUGGCCGGAGAAUGGGUACAGGAAAAGUAGAGAUUUGGACACAUGAUGUUGUAGUUCCUCUUGUCAUGUGCUUACUAGGAAGUGGUCUUCCUGCCUGUGCUUGAACAGGCGAGCUGAUUGGACAGGCUGGGUGGAGCUGAGAAGAGAAAGGAGGAGUAUUUGAGUUCUCUCCUCAGUUGCACGCUCAACUCGCUCACAUGCGCUUAACAGCUUCAGUGUAACGCGACUUUCUAAACCAGUAUCUGCUCUCAUAAGGACGUUACUCAUUUUCCAGAUUUUGUGGUCUCAGCUGACAGAUUUUCACACCUCCUUUGGAGGCCUCAGCCUGAAAGAGGGAACCUCAGGAUUACAAGGGGAUUGUAUGGGACAGCGUGCAUGUGUGCCUGUAUGAGAAAGCAGAUUGGGUCCCUGGUUUGCCGGCUUCAGCAUUGACUUCACCAACUGCACUCACUCCGGUGGGUCAGUCUUCAGACUGAUGUGGAAUGCAACUUCUGGCGACCCCCUUCAACAAGUCUUCAUUCAGUGAGCAGCACUGGGAAGAGCAAGGAUAAAAGACAGGAGGUGACGCAAAAAGAGCGAGCAACAACAGCAGGAGCAGAUCACUCGAGUCGGGGCCCUCGGGUGGGAAAGGAACUUAAAACCCAAGACAAAAGGAGCGUGCAAGAAAGGGAUCAGUACAAAAGAUUUUUCUGAGGAGCUGGACAUUGGAAACACCAAGGGGUACGGACCAUUAGCCUCUGUUUCACCCUUUUUUGAAUUGCUCCCUCUGUCACGUUCACUGACCUAAACCCAUCAUGCCUGUGGAGACUCUUCGUCCCUCAGAUGGCCGUCUGGCUGGAACACCUUUUACCUCAGCCAUGCCUCUCCGAAUCUUAAACAAGGGCCCAGACUAUUUCCGCAGGGUUCCUGAGCCUGGUGUACGCAAGCUGAGUGCCGUUGAGCGUCUGGAGGCUGAUAAGGCCAAGUAUGUGAAGAGCCAGCAGGUGGCUCUCACCAGGCAGGAGCCCAUCAAGCCCCCAGUCAUUCGCAAGCCACUGAUGUCUCCGGCCAUGAUGCUGCACACACCGCCGGCCAGGAAAGUCCCCCGCAGACCCUCAGACACCGAAAACGGGGGACAGGGGCCAUGCAGGGCAACGCCACUCAACCUGGAUGUCCUUAACAACCUUAUCAACAUCUCUGAUGGGCCCCAACCCUUGUCCCCUGCUCCUAAUUCUCCCUCUCCCUUAGCCAUGUCUGGGCUGUCAGCAGACCCUCAGCAGAGUUGUGGCUUUAAUGGGCAUUUUCUGUUGAAGCCUGCUUCUUCCGGCACUUCCUCUUCUCUCAACAGCCCCAUCCAGCCUUCAUCUCUUGCUUCUCCUACUCCAGAGCCGAGCCACAGGCCUCCACCUGUGCCAGCCCGAGUUCCUAGACUCCCUGCACAGGGCAAUUACAGCAGCCCAAACCCUGUGACAGUGCGGCGGGUUGAUGUGCGGCCACAAGCGGAGAUCAGGAAGCCCCAGAGGAUGCCUCUACAGCCUCAGUCCAAACCUCCACAGCCCCAGCCUAAACCCAGACAGACACCACAGCCCCAGGCCCCACCCCCACCCACACCAUCCUUUAAAUCCCCAUCCCUCCCCUCACACUCUCCAUCAUCCCCCUGCCUACCCUCCAGCCCCCUGUUGCUACGAGCAGGCAUGCUACCCCCAGCCUCACCAGCCUGUACCCGUUUAUCCUCUGCAAGCUCACGGGGCUCAACACGUAGACGCCCCUCACUGCACCGCUCCAAAUCAGACCUGAGCGACCGGUAUGCACGUGCCAACGCUGACCUAGAGCGCUUCUUCAAUUACUGUGGCUUAGAACCCAGCGAAUUGGAGGGUAUGGAGCAUUUUGGACGUGCCAGUUCUGAUAUUGUCUCCAUUUCAAAACUUCGAAGCGUCAGCACACCCAGCUCUGAGUGUGGAGAUGAAGGCCAUGCUUACAGGGAGGAGGAAGAUGAUGAUGACUAUGAUGGCCCUCCAAGGCCCAGCGAACGUGUUCCCUACGGCAUCUCAGUCAUCGAGAGGAAUGCACGUGUCAUCAAGUGGCUCUACGGGAUCCGACAGGCUCGGGACUCUCAAAAUGUUUCCAAUGUAUAGGUGCCUCACUGAAACACCAAAACACUGGUGAGAAGGAAAAUAAUGGGGACAGAUCCAGAUCAAACAUGCCCCAGUUUUAUGAUGUCUUUUUACAUGCAAUAUAUUUAUUAUGUUUUUUAAGACUCUUGAAGAAGAUGAAAAUUUUGUGUUGUAUAUUUGUGAUCAGUAUGGAGUAUUCUUUAUUUGCCUUACAGUAAGCUCAAGGAUAUUGGUUCUUAUACAUUUCAUUUGUGUUACAUUGUUAUAGAUAUUUUGUCGUGGCAGCCCAUUGUUGUUUCUUUUGGCUAUGUAAUUUGGGCUGUAAUGAUUUACCUCAAAGGGAGAGAAGACUGGAGCAAGCUUUAGAUUCUCAGCACAUUGACUUAGAAAGUGAAAGUCAUUUAAAGCAAUAAUUAAUGUACUAGAUAUUAAGAGCCAUGAGAGUGUAACUGAAUGGAUGAUGACGGUUGUGAUGAACACAGCAAUAGGCCAGCUGUAUUUUUGAUAAUCAGGUACUUAGUCUUUAUUAUCAGACUUAGUCUUCUUUUUUUUUUUUAAAUCAAAUAUGCAUCGAUAUGGGAACUGUGGCUUCCAAUAUGUCAAGAGAACAAUAGUAAGGGCUUAGUUAUGAUAAACCAGGUACUGUUUCAGGAAGUGAAUGCAGCUUUCUGAGAGGCCGCAGUCCCCCAGUCAUAGAUAGAAAGGUUGCAGUAAGACACAGCUAGGACUAGGACUAAGAAUAGGAUUAGGACUAGGAAGCAAGUUCUAGUCAGCAUACAUUACACUAAGACAUGUUCAUACACAGAUACACAUAGGUGCAUGCACUCAGAGGAACAUUAACACAUUGACUACUGGUCACUGUGCAAGAGUUGUUCUGUCAGCGUCAAGUGUGAAUGUGUCGAAGAGACAAAACGGGUGUGUUGAGAUAUGGCACUAGUCAAGCGCAAGACUUGAUGAUACUGUGAAGGAACUCCGAGCAGCUUUAAACAUCUUUUUAAACAUGGCUGUGAUUUUUGUCAGCAUGUAAGAGCUUCCAAUGCAUGCUUUUAUGUACAGGUGAUAUAUGGAAAGCCAUUUUAGCAAAGCACAGAUGCAGCUGAAAAACAUUCCAGCAUUAAUGUUCAAAAACAGUUUUGUGGUUUGAUUUUAUUCCGUUUCAUUCUUUGUGUUCACGCAGCACUAUUUCUCCCUGUGCAGGUUUAUAUAAUUUGGGAAGUCAUGUGUCCGAUGGAUGCAGGAGGUUGAUGUGAAAUAGCCUGAGACAGCAGGAAUCAGUUUGUCAGAACUCUCAGAUAUAAGAACAGGCUUACAUCUGUUUUCUGCAGAGAUGAAUGAUUGAGGUGGUGAAACAGAAAUGUUACUUUCAAGGAAGCUUGUAGUAAUGUAAAAUGUAGUAACAUGACUUUAUCUGUGGACAUAGCUGUUUUUCACUUUUUCCCUUUGCAGUUUUAUUUUCAAUUUUUCACCAACAGUCUGAUGUUACAACACAGCAAGCAUUCAGAGUUUGCUUGCUUUUUAGUGUGCAGUCAAAUCUUUUUACAUGCAUAUUGUUAAGGGUAAAACACUUACACAUAUGCUAAUAUUACCUGUGUAGAAAUCACAUAAAAAUUAUGCUUAGCCAUGUUCUCUGGGCAAUGAAGUAUGACCAGGGUUGUGUGGUCAGCCUACUAGUGCUUUCAGCAUUAAGUCAUCAAAGACUGAAUUUCUGAUGUCCUCUAAUGAUAUUAAUAAACAGAAAAUGUUUUGGAAGAA